GAUUCCAAAUUGUUGAUGCCAAAUUCAUAUCUCAGUAGGUUGUCCAACUAAUAGCACCUAACAUAACCUCCAAUGAUGAGCUGAAAGUUAAAGUCUUUUACAUGACAGAGUUGUAAUUUUGUGUUGUAAUAUAACUCGAACUGAUAAAUAUUUAACGAAAUGCCACGUUUACCAUUGCAUCCCUCAUCGGGGAUUGGUAUUUCGAAUGCUUUCUAUCCUAGAUCGAUACGAUUUGUUCGUUAUGGAUGUGCUAACAGACCUUUUUAUCACAUUGUUGUUAUGCCUACUAAAAGUGGACAACAUAAACCCCCGAUAGAACAACUAGGUACCUAUGACCCUAUGCCAAACAAAUACAAUGAAAAAUUAAUUGCUUUAAAUUUCGAACGGAUACAAUAUUGGUUGGGACAAAACGUAACAGUAUCAAAACCAGUAGCAAUAUUAUUAGGACUUUGUGGUUUCUUUCCAAUACAUCCAAGAACAUAUAUGCAAGCAUGGAGAAAUCGAAAAAAAGCUGCAGAAGAAAUUGAAAAAAAUGAAAAUGGAGAAUCAGAAUCGAAAACAGAAACAGAGGCUACAGGCUAACAUAUUUUAGUUAUUUUAUUUAUAUUAUAUAUUUAGUAUGUAAACAAUGUAUGCAUUUGAAUAAAAUUGUUACUAAAAAAUAAAA